AUGGCUGAUUUUAAAGGAUAUUUGGUCAUCCUUCUUUUAGGUGUCAUAUCGACCAGUUUGCUUACUGGCAAGAGGUGUAUAAGCGAAGGCGAGGACGGAGGAGUCAUAAGGCGGAUGUUAAACGAUAUUACUGAAGUUAUGGGUACUUUUAACCUUUCUGACCAUAUAUGGUUUUUUAAGAAUCUAGACGUACAAGGAGUUAAAAAACGUUCCAAGGAAAUUCGGGCUAGAUUCGAUUCCUUAAUAGAAAAGAUCAUAAAGGAGCAUGAAGAGGUAAGAAAGGAAAUAAAGAAGAAAGGAGAAGUAAAGGACUUGCUUGAUAAUUUACUGGAUAUUUCAGAAAAUGAGGGCACAGAGAUAAAAUUGGCUGGAGAGCACAUUAAAGCCUUCUUUCUGUUAGACAUAAUGGGUGGCGCAACACAGAGUCCCUCCAUAUCGACCGAAUGGGCUUUGGCAGAACUCAUCAACCAUCCCAACAUAAUGAAAAAAGCAGUAGAAGAAAUUGACCAAGUUGUCGGUAAAAACAGGCUCUUACAAGAAGCUGACAUACCAAACCUUCCUCAUCUCCAAGCAAUCGUCAAAGAAUCACUGAGGCUGCACCCUCCCGGCCCAAUGAUUAUAAGACAAUCCAGUGUAGAUUGCACUGUAGGAGGUUACCAAAUUCCAGCAAAGACUACCAUUUUCUUCAACGUAUGGAGCCUUGGUCGAGAUCCCAACUACUGGGAAAGCCCAUUGGAAUUCAGGCCUGAAAGAUUUGACGAGAAACAAAUGGAUGUGAGGGGACAAAACUUUCAAUUUUUACCGUUUGGUAGUGGGAGGAGGAUGUGUCCUGGGAUUUCACUAGCGUUAAUGGUCCUACAUGUGACCCUCGGUUCUAUAAUUCAGUGCUUCGAGUGGAAGGCUGGGUGGGAUGGGAAUCUAACUAGUGUUGAUAUGGAAGAGGGUACUGGAAUCACACUUCCAAGAGCUAAUCCUUUAGUUUGUAUCCCCGUUGCAAGAAUCGAUCCCGUCCCCUUGUGUAUGUAA